AUGCGCUCCAAUGGCGCCGCGCACAUCGGCAACAACACCUUCCUCGCUGUCACACGCGACGUCACAGACACCGCGUUCCUCUUCUCGAGCUCCUUCUCACCAGCAGAGCAGUUGGUACGGCUGCCGCUGAGUCGCAAGACGCGCUUUCUCCCACACGCCUCCCUGGCAUGCGGUGAGGCGGAGCGCAGCGAGUAUGCCGAGUCCGCAGCGAGGGCGGGGCCGCCCACAAAGGACGUUGACGUCAAAGAAGCGGUGGCUUCCGCCGCCGCGGCGUCUACACCGUUGUUCUGCCACUCCGCCCACGCCUCUCCUGACGGUCACAAAAUCGCCUUCAUCAGCAACGUGCGCCGUCACCACUACAUCAUUGACAUCUCCGUUUUGCCAGCUGCGGUGUGUGAGCUGGAGAUGCCCGAGGUGGUGCAGAGCGUGUGCUGGCACACCGUGGCACACCACGCGCUGUGUGUGCUGUUCAUCUCGGGCGACCUGACCAUCUACGACACGGACCAGUCUUACUUGGGUGUCAUUGUGCCCCUAUACCGUCGUAUCGCCCUGCGGCCCGUCAUUGAGCGCCGCCUCGCUGACGCCGAGGCGGCUGUACACCCUUCUCCCUCGAUCCCGUCGACGGCGCCAGGGACCAUUAGCCCUGCCAAGGGUGCAACCGCGCUAGACAAGGAGGAGGUACAGAGUACGCGUGUUAAGGCUCUGGCUGGAAAAGUCAGCACCACACGUCUGCCGCCUGCACGCCAGGCGCAUGCCACCACCGCAGAGGUGGCGGGAUUUCGCUCCUUGGUCCUCCACAGCGGCGGCGGCGCGAUCGUUGCUGGAAGCGACAUCGCCCACUCCCCAAGUUACGCCGUGGCAGAGCGCAUUGACCAUGACGAGAUGGUGCCAGUUUCCAGCGCUGAUGAAGUGGGUGCGGAGGGCGCUGCCUCAUGCCCACCGAUCCCCAAGCCCGUGAUGCUGCCCACCUCUCAGCUGGACCUUGUAGACAUGUACGCGCUGCCGCCGACGGAGAGCAUCCCUGUUAUCCUUCUACUCAGCAGCAGCGGCGAUGUGUACGCAGUGCACCUCGGCGACGACUGCCUUCCCGUGGUCGCGACGGCAGCCGCUACCGACGAUGGCCGAGUCCGCACACGCGAGGAGGAGGUACUGCGGAGGGCCGAGGUGGCCGCAGCCCCGCUGAGCGUGGAGGUGUAUCACCUCAUCUCUGGCGACAGCACCGGCGCGGCCGGGGACGAGGCGGUCGCCGUUGGCGGCUGCCUUGUCGACGAAGACGCCGGCACGCACGCUGUGUUCUUCCUCACCGCCAACGGGCUCGUCAAGGGGGCGUGGGUGAGUAAGCCGGAUCUGCUGGCCCGCCACCGGGUCGCGCACGUGCGCGCGGUUGGCUCGCCGAACAUAUCCUUCACUCUGCACCUCAGCGGCUCCUUGGGCGCGCGGGCCUCGUUAGCCCCAGCAGUUCCAUCCAUCACGCACAGCGUGAGCAUGACCCUCUCGCAGAACGUGUGCGUCGUUCGCAGCGGCGUUGCAGGGGAGACGGCAUUUGUCAUGGCGUUUCCGCGGUGGGAUCGGCGGCGGCAGGGGUGGGCAUGUUGGCGCCCUGCCUGUGCCGACGCGCGAGAGCGGGAACGCGAAGCAGCAGCACUGCCGCUGCUUAGCACCGACGCUGCCCCACCGUCGCCCGUCGCUCUGCGUCUGCCCUACGACACAAGGGACUCUAGCAUUGCCGUGGGGUGCACGGAGCUCCUGCUGGUGCCGGAGGUGUCCACGAUGGAUGGCUUGUGCGAGCGGGGCAGCAUUCUGGUGAUUAGUCUCGCUGCCGUGCUGCGGUCCGCCCUGUACGCGCGCUGCGGCAAACUAGGGUUGCACCCCUCCGCCGGGGCUGGCGCGACAUCACGUCUGCGUGAUCCUCAUCCGGCUGUGCUUGACUUGCUCAAUGCCGUGCCGGAGUGCCACCGCUGCUGGUUGCGCGGUGUUCCAGAGGCGGAGAUGAGCGCCGCAACGCUCAACCUCGUUAGGCGCAUCGAACAGCUCAGUGGUGACGUGAAUCGACGCGAAAUGGUGCAGGCGCAGCGGCGACGGCGGCUCGUGGCACGGGUUGCCAACCUCGAGGGUCGCGUCGCCGAGAUGGACGGCAUGCUGGCAGAGUGGCGGCAGAUCAUCCUCGAUGGGAUUGUGCACCGCCGUGGCGGUGACGCCUUUCGCACGGCCAACGCGCGCCUGAGGAAGGUGUCUACCAUGUUGAAUGAGCUGGAGCAGCAGCUGUAG